UAAAAAGUGGACUUAAUACAGUCUGGCUCUGUGGUACAGAUGUACACUUUAGGGCCGGCUAAAACCAACUCAUGGUACUACCAACUCAUCAAAGUUAAAAUUUGAAACAAAAUAUAAUUAAAAUUGCGCGUGAAGGCCCUGAUAAACUUGAAUUGAAGUGUUUUAUCAAAUGUACUAAAACCUAUAAAAUAGGAUAUCGCUAUCUGAUCCACUAUUACUUUAAUUGAUUUUCAAUUAAGAUGAUCAAAGAUCUUUUUCUUUUUGUUUGUGCAUUUGCUGUUGUUAAUUCAGCUGAUUGGUGGGAAAAAUCCACAUUAUACCAAAUUUUUCCAAGAACAUUUAAAGAUGCCGACAAUGAUGGACUAGGCGAUCUCAAAGGCAUUACUUCCAAAUUAGAAUACUUGAAAGAAAUUGGUUUGACAGCGGCUUGGUUGUCCCCAAUUUUCAAAUCACCACAAAUCGACGCAGGUUAUGACGUCAGCGACUAUAUGGACAUAGAUCCUGACUACGGAACCCUUGAGGAUCUCAAAGAACUUAUCACAAAAGCCAAAGAGUUGGAAAUUAAAAUUAUUUUGGACUUCGUACCAAACCACACCAGCGAUAAACAUGAAUGGUUCAUCAAGUCUGUAAACGGAGAUCAGGAAUAUGCAGAUUUUUAUAUCUGGAGGGAAGGAAAGAAUAACAAUACUGAACCGCCAAGUAACUGGAGGAGUUAUUACAAAGGAUCUGCUUGGAAAUACAACGAAAAAAGAGGUUUAUGGUAUUACCAUUUGUUUACUGAAGGACAACCCGAUCUUAACUUUCGCAAUCCUAAAGUUAUUGAAGCUUUAAAUAAUGUCAUGAAUUACUGGCUUGAUUUUGGUAUUGAUGGGUUUGUAGUGGACGCUGUCCCAUAUUUACUUGAAGAAAAAAAUUUUACCGACGAACCACGUAGUUAUAAUCCAUCGAUGGGUCCUAAUGACUGGGAUUAUUUGGAACACAUUUACACCAAAGAUCUUGAUGAAACAUUUGACGUAAUAUACCAAUGGAGAGAAGUCAUAGACAAAUACAACAAUAAACACGGUGGAGACUCAAGAAUUAUGCUGACAGUAGCUAACUCAACUUUUAACAACACACUACGUUACUACGGUUCUCCUGACGGUAAAAAAUUGGGUGCUCACUUUACUUUUAACUUCGAUUUUGUUGGUCUUAAUCAGGAUACCACAGCCGUCAAUAUUAAGAGCACUAUCGACCAAUGGCUUAAUAAUUUGCCUCAGCAAUUCACUCACAAUUGGGUCACUGGCAAUCACGAUAACCCAAGAAUUGCCACCCGUUUGGGAAAAGACAAUGUUGACGCUAUCAAUAUGCUCCAAGCCAUUCUGCCUGGUAUCAUGGUGAAUUACAACGGCGAAGAGUACGGCAUGGAAAACGGACCCGUGACAUGCAAACAAGGACACGAUCCUCAAACCAACAGAAACUGCAGUAUCUACGACUCCAUCACCAGAGACUUUGAAAGAACCCCAAUGCAAUGGGACAAUUCCUUAAACGCUGGUUUUAACGAAGGUGCUGAACCUUGGUUACCAGUAAGUCCAAAAUACAUCGAAAACAACAUUAAAGACCAAAGCCAACCUGGCGUAGUUAGUCAUUUAAAUAUUUACAAGAGCUUGCAGGAAAUGCGUAAAAAAAUUCCUGCCGAUGCUGUAAUCGGCACGACUGUUAUUAAUAAUACUGUUUUGGGUAUUAGCCGGCUUGUGCACAAUGGGUAUUACCUUUUGUUGUACAACAGACUUGGUGCCCCAACUGAAGUUAAAAUUAAUGGAGAAAGUAGAGUUGUUGUUAGCAGUUCAAAUUCUGAUAAAAUUGCAGGCAUCGUUAUUCCUGAGAAGAUUCUAUUGGGAAUCAAUGAAUGUAUUAUUGUGUGGCAAGGAAUCCCAGCUUAAGAAAUAAAGCAAAACUAUAAUGGAGCUGACAAAUUUACAGCAAAAAUAAUUUUAUUUAAGUAUGUUAUACAAAAUAAUAAGUAACAAUACAAAAUAAUAUGAAAAGUACUCUAUUUAAAUCCAACCCUUAAACAAAU